AUGCACGAAAUCGAAGUGCGGACAAAGAAUAAACCUGAUGACAGCACAGGAAUGAGUGGUGGCCUUGGGGAUCCGGCGACCGUGGAAGUUGAAACUUUGCCGGGCGGUUCAUUUGAGCCAACUAAGGCAGCUAUAGCAGUCUUAACAGAUACAUCGGUACAGGUGACUUGGUCGCCACCAGAAGGCCUGUUUGGUACAGUUGCUGCGUACUAUGUUGUGGUCAAGCAGGCGGGAAGUGAAGUCCGCAGGGAAAGGGUAUCAGCCCCCGAGACAAGCCUUGUUUUGACGGGUUUAGGUGCUGGCGUGAAAUACGACUUCUACGUUCAGGCACAGAUUGCGCCAAACAGCCAGGGGCUGGGCGGUGGCCUGGGUCCGGAAGUCCUCGUCACGGAAACAAGUCAGUCUUAA